GUGCGCGUAGGGCCGUGCGCGCAGAGUUGCGCAUGCGCAGUAUGGCGUAAGGCCGAGGCCUUGAGGUGAGCGGAGGGGCCGCAUAAGUUGAAUUGCAGAGCAGCUCCUGUAUGAGCGGCACGUUCACCUUCACGUCGGUACUGAGGCGGCACAGUGCGGCCAUAUGGGGGCUGUGGGGGCACAGGGGGCUGUCCCUGAGCUGGGGGCCGGUGUUGUGGGCAGCCGGGAAGAGGAGCUGCUUGGAGCUGGUGGAGCUGAGCGAGACCGAGCUGAAGGAGCAGUUUGUGAGGGGAGAUGGGCCCGGGGGACAGGCCACCAACAAGACCAGCAACUGCGUUGUAUUGAAGCACGUCCCAACUGGGAUCGUGGUGAAGUGCCAUCAAACGAGAUCAGUGGAGAAGAACCGAAAGAUCGCCAGAGAAAUCCUGCAGGAAAAGGUCGAUCUCUUCUACAAGGGUGAAGAGAGUGAUGUGUAUAAAGAGAAGAAAGCAGCAGAGAGGAAGAAGCAAGAGAAGAAAAGAAGAGCAAAGGAAAACCUGGAAAGGAAAAAGCACUUUAAAGAGAUGCUGCAAUUGGACAGGAAAUAAAUGUGAAAUACUGACUGGGAGGGUAAGGGAGAAGUGUGUCAUAGCUGCAGCUCUCUGACUGAUGGAUAACACUGUGCUUCAUAAGCACAACUGAAAUAUUGAGUAGUGACCUGAGCUGCUCUUACAGUAAAACUGAAGAGUUAAAGCACUGUGUGUUCUUCUGUC